AUAUAUAUAUAUAUAUAUAUAUGUGUGUGUGUGUGUGUGUUUUUUCUCAAUCUCCAUUUCACUUUUGUUUCUCUUUUAGUACCCGAAAAUCGGUCCUUUUUUGGACUCGGCGCCGACUUUCAUGAGAUGGAAAAUCAGAACUCUUCAAGAUCUCAAACUAUCGAAAUAAACAUCGAUGUACCGGAUGGUAUUUCUGAAGCAGCUGGUAACAAAAUCUGCAGAGGCGCCUCUUGCGACUUCUCCGACUCCAAAACCAGCUCAAAGGAUGCCAAGGAGAGAUCCGCGUCGAUGAGAAAGCUUCUCAUGGCCGUCGCGCUCUGCCUCGUAUUCAUGACCGUCGAAGUGGUCGGCGGCAUCAAAGCGAACAGCCUCGCAAUUUUAACUGACGCUGCCCAUCUCCUGUCAGACGUGGCGGCCUUCGCCAUCUCCUUAUUCUCCCUUUGGGCCUCCGGAUGGGAGGCGACCCCGCGGCAAUCUUAUGGGUUCUUCCGCGUAGAGAUCUUAGGUGCCUUAGUUUCUAUACAACUCAUAUGGCUCCUCGCAGGCAUACUCGUUUACGAAGCUAUUGACAGAAUCAUUCACAGUGGCGGAGAGGUGAAUGGCUUGUUAAUGUUCGCCGUCUCGGCUUUUGGCUUGUUGGUCAACAUCAUUAUGGCUCUCAUGCUCGGCCACGACCACGGCCACGGCCACGGCCACGGCGGCCAUGAUGGGCAUGAUCACUCUCACCGUGAUCAUGACCACAAUCAUCGUGAUCAUGACCAUGACAACGAUCACGGCAUUAGCAUCACAACGCAUCACCACAAUCACUCCCACCAUGAUCAUGACCGCGAUCGUCAUGAUCACGACCGUGAUCACGAUGUGCCGCUGCUCAAGAAGAAGGAGAAGAAGAAGAAGAACAUUAAUGUCCACAGCGCAUAUUUACAUGUUCUCGGAGACUCCAUCCAAAGCAUUGGUGUGAUGAUCGGAGGGGCCAUUAUCUGGUACAAGCCGGAGUGGAAGAUCAUCGAUCUCAUAUGCACGCUCGUAUUCUCUGUCAUAGUGUUGCUGACCACAGUGCAGAUGCUGAGGAACAUUGUAGAAGUUCUCAUGGAGAGCACGCCGAGGGAGAUCGACGCGACGCGGCUGGAGAAGGGGCUGUGCGAGGUGGACGGGGUGGUGGCGGUCCACGAGCUGCAUGUAUGGGCGAUCACGGUCGGAAAGGUGCUCCUCGCGUGCCACGUCACGAUUACACCGCGGGCGGAUGCCGAUCUCGUGCUCGAUGAGGUUAUCGGGUACAUCAGGAGAGAGUUUAACAUCAGUCAUGUAACCAUUCAAAUCGAGCGCCAGUAGGCUUUUUUUCUACCCUUCUCGCGGUUGUAGGUUGCAUCAAUGUGGUAGUAAUUGCAGUGUUCUGUUUUACUAGUAUUUAUGUUCAUUAGAACUGUUGGGCUCUAUUAUUUCUUCAAUGCGUGCUUUUGGAUUCAUCAAGAAGAUUAAUGAUUAGGUUUCUGUGCAUUAUCAUCA